UCCUGGCCUCCCCCACUUCCUCUGAAAUGUUUCAGUCUCGUGUACCUGGGGACUCUGUUCAAAGCGACCGUGUCACAAGGAGGUUGCUGCAAAGGGAUGGCCACCUGCCACUGCUCUUUUCCUGGGCCAACCAUGUGCCUAAAACUUCUCUGCUGCGUGGCCCUCUGUGUCUGGGGAGCAGGCUCUGUGGACGACGAGGUCACCCAGAGUCCCAGACACCUGGUCAAAGGAAAAGAACAGAAAGCGAGGAUGGAGUGUGUCCCCAGAAAAGGACACAGCUAUGUUUACUGGUAUCGUCGGAAGCUGGAAGGGGAGCUCACAUUUUUGGUUUACUUACAGAAUGACCAAGUCAUUGAGCGAGCAGAAGCGGUCAAGGAACGAUUUUCAUUUCGAUGUCCCAAAGACUCGCCCUGCAGCCUGGAAAUCCAGCCCACUGGGCCAGGGGACUCAGCUCAGUUUUUCUGCGCCAGCAGCGAGUACACAGUGCUAGCCAUGCCAGCUCCUCCCAGUGCACAAACGUGCUGUGCGCCCCGCUCAGGAAACCAGUGGAGCAUGCAGCAGGCGGGGGAGCCCUGGAGCCCACCCAGCCUCUACCCUGUGCCUCUGCUAGCCUCUGUGUCUGAGCUUCGCAAAGACCCCGUCCCUGCCACUGGGCAGCUGGGCUCUCUGCUCCGCGGCCCUUUGUCUCACCUGGGAGCAGGACCCAUGGCUGCUGAUAUCUACAUGCCCCCAUUCCGCCUCGCUGGGGCCGGCGGGGACGUGACCCUGACGUGUAAACAGAACCUGAGGUACAACGCCAUGUACUGGUACCGGCAGGACCCAGCACAAGGCCUGAGGCUGAUUUAUUAG